AUGGAUGACCUCGAAGACGAAUUGGAUCUUCGUUUUCACAAGGGGCUGAGUCCCGAUGUCUACUACCGCUGUCCUACGCUCGAAUCACUGGAGGGAGCUCUGCGCAAUGAGCUGGACAAGAACGCAGCCAGCUUCAUUCCCACAGACGUGGUGACCGAGUUCAUUUUCGCGACAGCCUCAACCAUCACCAUCCCCGUGACGCAGCAGCCGAGCCUUGACGCGCUCAUACAGCCAGCCGAUCACCUUCAGAGCAUUGCUGCCGAGUACGCGCUGUGUCGUGACAUUGACGGCAAAGACAGGCUCAAAGUGCAGCGAGCAGUAGCGAGAUCCAUCAUCGAAGCCAUUCAGGACACCGAUGGUUUCAAGUACUCCGAGCGCUCUGCGCAGAGUAAAGAAGGCGGUGAUGGUGCCAGGCUCAAGAACCGCAAAAGCAACCUCAAGAAAGAAAGGUCUCACGAUAGCGACGACGACGAGGCUGGAGUCAACAAGCAGGGGCCGGCUGUGCUGCCGACCUACGACUGCGGAGGCGCAAUACACAUCAAAUUCUCACUCAAGAGAGAGGCCAUAAAUGUUGUGUAUAAGCAUAAUCCUAUCCAUACCACCCGCGAGAUUGAUGCCGGCCUACCUGCCUUAGCCACAGAUAACGGCGUUGCUCCCACUGCCGCUGCUACGGAAGAAAAGGAACCGCGCAAAAGAAAACGUAGUAAAAAGAAUGUUGUUGAAGCAGACAACGACUUCGGGGACCCAGAUAUGGACAUGUCAACGUCUCCGGAAGCCACAAGUUCAUCGACGAAGAAGAGGCGCAAGGGAAGUGGUGCCGUGGCCUCUCCUAGGACAGUGCGGAAACCAUCCACCAAGAAGAGCAAGAAUGCCAAAUCGCCUGCAUCACCCACCAAAUCGAGGAAAAAGGCGCCUGUCAGUGAACCAUCACCGCCGUCGCUACCUGCUCCUGGCAAAGCUUGCAUUCGCUGUCGCGGAAAGAAGAUCAAAUGCAACGAGGCGAAACCGACGUGCAACCAGUGCCGACGAGGACUAUGGACCUACUGGAAAGCAUGUUGCCUGCAAUUAAGAAACUUCACUCCUAUUGCAACCGUUGAGAUUUCGAGCACGAUGCGUUCUUUUAUUCUUCCGGUGCUCGCUACGGCUGCUUUAUCGCAAGCCUCGGCCAUUCCAUCCGAAUUACUUUCUUCGAAGCGUGCCGUAGGGAACUGGGACGAUGCCCAUGCAAAAGCGACGGCUGCUCUUGCAAAACUAUCACAGAACGAGAAGAUUGGCAUCGUUACGGGUGUGGGUUGGCAGAACGGUAACUGCGUUGGCAACACCAAACCGGCUGCUUCGAUUGGAUAUCCGUCACUCUGUCUGCAAGAUGGACCCCUCGGCGUUCGAUACAUCCAAGGUGUAACUGCAUUUAGCGCAGCUAUCCAUGCCGCCAGCACCUGGGAUCUCGAUCUCAUUCGUGAACGCGGCGCCUUCCUUGGUGCUGAAGCAAAGGAGCUGGGCGUUCACGUCCAGCUCGGACCUUCAGCUGGACCUCUCGGAAAGUUUGCCAACGGUGGCCGAAACUGGGAAGGAUUCGGUUCCGAUCCCUACCUCCAAGGCAUUAUGAUGGCAGAGACCAUUGAGGGUAUGCAAGAAUCCGGUGUUCAAGCGACAGCUAAGCACUGGAUUGUCAACGAACAAGAGCUCAACCGAGAGACUAUGAGCUCAGACGUGUCGGAUCGAGUGCUUCGCGAGCUCUAUGUAUGGCCAUUCAUGGAUGCAGUCCAUAGCAACGUCGCGGCCUUUAUGUGCAGUUACAACAAGGUCAACGGAACUUGGGCCUGCGAGAGCGAUGGUGUGAUGAACAAGCUCCUGAAAGACGAACUUGGCCAUCGUGGAUACAUCAUGAGUGACUGGAAUGCUCAACACACGACGACCGGCAGUGCAAACGGUGGAAUGGACAUGACCAUGCCCGGCACCGACUUCAGUGGUGGCAACGUCUUCUGGGGCCCACAGCUUCAGUCCGCCAUCGACAAAAAGCAGGUUCAACAAUCUCGCCUCGAUGACAUGGUCAAGCGCGUACUCUCUUCCUGGUACCUCCUUGGUCAGGACAAGGGCUAUCCCAAUGCCACCUUUAGCUCCUGGAACAUCGGCACUCGUCAGGUCGGCGGCAACCACAAGACAAACGUCCGUGCUACGGCCCGCGAUGGUAUCGUCUUGUUGAAGAACACAAACGCUACAUUGCCCUUCAAGAAGCCCAAGAGCAUCGCUGUCAUCGGAAGCGACAGCAUCGUUGCGCCUAAGGGAGCUAACGCAUGCGUUGAUCGCGGAUGCAACGACGGCACGCUAGCUAUGGGUUGGGGAUCUGGAUCAGUGGAGUUCCCCUACCUCAUCGCUCCUCUCGAUGCAAUGAAGACGCAAGCCCAGAAAGACGGCACCACCAUCACCUCUUCACCAAACGACAAUGCGCAACAGGGAGCUAGUGCAGCUCAGAACGCUGAUGUAGCUGUCGUGUGCAUCAACAGCGAUGGUGGCGAAGGAUACAUCACUGUUGAGGGCAACGCUGGCGACCGAACUAACCUGGACCCGUGGCACAACGGAAACGAGUUGGUCAAGGCAGUUGCUGCCGUCAACAAGAAGACAGUUGUCGUGGUCCACAGUGUCGGCCCCGUCAUCAUGGAACAAUGGAUCGAGAACCCGAACGUAGUAGCUGUUGUAUGGGCAGGCCUGCCAGGUCAGGAAUCCGGAAACGGCCUCGUCGACAUCCUCUACGGCGCUGCCUCGCCAAGCGGCAAGCUCCCCUACACCAUUGCGAAGAAGGAAUCAGACUACGGUACCACCAUUGCCAGGGGUGACGACAAGAACUGGGACCUCUUCAUCGACUACCGUCGUUUUGACCAGCAGAACAUGACACCCAGAUUCGAGUUCGGCUUCGGUCUCUCCUACACCAACUUCACCUACUCCGACCUCAGCGUCUCAGGCAAGCCCUCGGCUGGUCCCGCAACCGGUGCCAAGGGUCCCGGAGGCCCUGUCGAUCUCUUCGAGACGGUCGCAACCAUCACUGCGAAGAUCAGCAACUCCGGUGGUGUUGCAGGUGCAGAGGUUCCGCAAUUGUAUCUCGGCUACCCUGCGUCGACCAACUCGCCUCCCAAGCAAUUGAGGGGUUUUGCGAAGCUCAAGUUGGCAGCUGGUGCGAGUGGAACUGCUACUUUCAAGCUGAGGAGAAGGGAUAUGAGCUUCUGGGAUGAGAAGACCAGGAAGUGGAGCGUUGCGACUGGAGAGUACAAGAUCUUUGUAGGAUCGAGUUCCAGGGAUGUGAGGCUGACAGGUAAGAUCACUGUUUAG